UUGUCCCUCCGGAACACGUGUGAAGUAUAACCUAAAAAUGUUCAAGUUUUUAUCUUUCAGGAUAUUAUAUUUUAUAUUGUGUUUUAUUAAUUUUGCACUAAGUAUCGUUGAAAAUGACUUUUGUGAAGAAGCAAACGAGUAUGAAGAGACUAAUAAUAAAUGUAACAUCCAAUCACGCUAUUCACGAAAUCGUUAUAUACUUUAUGAUGUUAAUCCGUCAGAAGGUUUCAAUUUAAGAAGAGAUGUUUACAUUCGUGUUGCAGUUUUUAUACAAAAUUUGAUUAAACAAGAAAAAGAAUUCAAAUGGCAAUUAGUUUUACCACCGUGGGGUAAUUUAUAUCAUUGGCGAAGCAAACAUAUAGGAAUUCAGACGCAACUGUCUUGGGGAUUAUUUUUUGAUAUUGCUAGUUUACAGAAAUAUAUACCAGUUAUUGAAAUGUACCAGUUUUUACAAGAGUAUGCUUCAGAAAAUAAAAUAACGCAUCUUGAUGUUACAUAUAUCUUACAAAAUGAUGAAGAAAUGUUUAAAACAGGAAAAUUUGAAGACAAAAAUGAAAUAAUAGAAUGUGGAGAUAAAUCUUUAUGGUAUCACAAAGUUGCGCCCAAUGAAUACAUUGGAUAUUUUUGGGGCUACCGUAAUAUAACUUCCAAAGUUGUCAAGUGUAUUAAGUUUCACGGUACAAUAUCAAACCUUAAAAUAAAUUUAAAACCUACUGUUUAUAGGUCUGUAAUGUUUGAUCGCAUGGAAAUUGCAUUACACGAUUUCUAUGGUACAAAAGAAUAUUGGAGAGUUAGACGAAGUAUGAGGUAUAAUUCCGAUUUGUAUAAUAUUGCUAAUGAAUAUAGGAAAAUUUUUCUUAAUUCAACAAAUAAAUACGAUAAUACAGAACUACCGAAUGACUGGACUAAGGAAAAGAAUAGAAGAAAUGCAGUUGGAGGGCCAUAUUUAUCAGUACAUUUGAGAAGACGUGAUUUUCUAGUUGGUCGUGCUUCGACAGUACCAUCAAUAAAAUCUGCUGCUUUACAGCUGAGAAUACUGUUAGAUAAACUGGGAUUAAAACACUUAUUUGUUGCUACUGAUGCUCCGGAAGAAGAAUUCAAAGAACUUGAAGGACAUUUAUCUGACUACACGGUUCAUAAAUUUAUUCCAUCGACUCACAUACUAAAUAAUUUUAAAGAUGGCGGAGUUGCAAUUGUGGAUCAAAUAAUAUGCUCUUAUGCCAGGUAUUUUGUAGGAACACACGAGUCAACUUUUACAUUUAGAAUACAAGAAGAUAGAGAAAUAAUUGGUUUUCCUACUGAAACAACAUUUAAUCACUUAUGUAAAGAAGGUGGAACAUGUAAUUCUAAUGGAUAUUGGAAAAUUGUUUGGUAGUAGCUAGUUCGAUAAUAUGCAUUAUAUAUGAUGUUACAUUUAACUGACUGAUUUUUAGAUGUAAAGUUUACUGUAAUAUAUAAAUACAUUGUUUUUUGUACAGUUAAAUAUCAUCGAUGAUAAUCAUUUUCUAUGAACGAUAUUUUUCUUAACUUAUUGUAGUCUUACCAAUU